AGGAGGUGCCCCGUUUGUGCGGACUGGUGCUGCGAGAAGUGAUGCUGAUGCUGCAUUGAGUGGAGUGUGAGAGAAGGAGGCCGCGAGCGAGCGCGAGCGUUUUCAUGUGCGAAAAGUCGGCCGCCGAUUAGUCAAAAUGUGUAGUGUGCCGGCUAAAUUCUACGAGCUGUGCCGACUGUGCUUGUCCUGCGACGGCGUCAAACUGUCCAUCUUCGACGGCGAGGGCUCGCAGCGCAACUUUCCACUCAAAAUCAUGACGUGUCUUUCCGUCCUGGUGUCUGAACAUGACUUGCUGCCAUCCUUGAUAUGCCACAGAUGUGUUUACAAACUCGACGUGCUGUACGAUUUCAGAGAGGUCUCGCGGAAAUCAGAUCUCAUUCUGAAGCAAUACCUGAAUUACACGCAGCAUUUAUCAAUCCGACCGAAGGAAGAAACAACAGAAGCUGGUGGCAGCUCUGGCGCUGAAGAAGAUGAUGCCCCAAUGGAAACAGACGUGUCGAGAUUUGUAAAAGUUGAGAGCGACGAGCCGCCAGAUGAAGAGGAGAAAUCAGUUCCUCCAGAGGGCAGCGAGUCUGAGCCUGAAGACGCAGAAGGUGCCCUCCACAUUGUGCUAAAUAGCGACCACGAAAGAGAAGAGGCAGAAUUCAGUGACAGAGAAGACAAUCAUGCGCCUCGUGCGAACAACAACAAAAUGAUGCCAGCGCUAAAGAAGUUUACGAGGAAAUUCUCGGAGGGCAGCUCUAAAAUGAAAAAAGAAACAGGCGAGGCGGACAGUGCUUCCGAGGCAGCGUUGCAAGCGGAGAAAUUUGUCAGAGACUUCCAGAAAAAUGCCAGUUGGCUUCAGGAUAUGAGGACAUUUAAGGACAAAGAUGACGAGAAAAUGGAGAUGAGUAGUCCGACGCAGCCAUUCGAUCUGCGUACCUUCAUUUCACGCACUCAAACAACGCCUUGUUCGUCAACGUCUAAGUCGCCAUCAUCCUCUGGACUUGAGCUUCGAAGAUCAGACGGCUCUGUCCUAUUCCCGCGCGUCUCCGUCGCCGACAUUCUUGCCUUGCAAGCGUCCCGCAGCCAGCAGCAGCAACAGCAGCAGCAGCAUACGCACCAGGAUGACCCUCCAGAGCAGUCUGAGUCAAUGGACGCCGAACCGCACUUCUUGUCGCAGCUGGCCGGCGCCAAGGGUCCGCCGUGGAACGUCUUCAAGAAGCAGCCCAGCCUGGCCACAAAGCGGGUCGACCUGUGCUGCACCAACUGCGGCACAAAGACCACCACCAUCUGGAGGAGGAAUGCUGAAGGAGACAUGGUGUGCAACGCGUGCGGACUCUACUUUAAGCUGCAUGGCGUGAACCGGCCAGUAACCAUGCGCAGGGACACAAUCCACACGCGGAGGCGUCGGCCCAAGCGGCAGAGAACGCGCGGUGGUGGAGGUGGUGCCACCUCCGAGACCAACGGGGAUCCCUUGGCCAGUCCUCCAGAGACAGAAGAGUCGUCGCCGCGACUCCAGCUUUCAAAGUCAUUACUGUUUUCGCCAAUGUUGCCAACCCUGACCGUCCGUGCCUCAUCAAACUCAUCGCUGCCUACCGGCCGUGACUCAGCCCGAGACUCGGCUUCCCCGGGGGAGCCCGAUGACGAAGACGGCGCGGCCCUCGCGCUGGUGACAGUCAAGACAGAGCUCCACGAGUCAGACGAGGAGCAGGAGGAGCGCGAGGAGGGGCCCCUCAACCUUGCAGCCACCACCACCACCUCGUCCCUCUAGGGGUUGAGAUCCCAACACCACGUUCGACGACGACCCGGAGACAGCCGUCUUCCGUCAAUCAGCAUGUGAUCACCGCACUCUCUUCUCAUCGCUCUCUAUUUAUUUCUGUAUAGUAUUAUUUUGGAAAUGAUUUUUGUUUGUCCGUCCUCCAUGUAACAAGCAAUACUCGGAACGAAUACUCAAAGUUAAGGUUGGGCGUAAAUUUUACUGGGCGACUAGCACUUUUUGUCGUUGAAAAUCAACUUGAUACCCUUAAAAAAUAGAGUGCCAUAAAGAGAUUAUUGAUUUGAAGGGAAAUUGAUCAUCGGGAGGCAAAUAUUACAAUUUAGAAAGUGUCAUUCGUUGAUGAUGUGAAAUAUUUACCUUCUCUUAAGAUGAUUAAACCUUUCCUUGCACCAUCAAUCGUAUUGGCUAUUAAAGAACUUAAAUUUCAUGGGCAGAGUGAACAAGCCGUUUUUUUGUCUGAGACAGCAGAAAACUGGUAAUUCCAGGGGAAAUAAUCUCGUCUUCUUGUAUUUCCAUUUUACCAAAAUUGUAGCUAUGCUUUUCAGGCUUUGUUCUCUGACGAUCCCAUCCUCUGAAAUGAGAAUCCCCACUUUUUAAACAAAUUGUGGACCAUUUGUUGGAUAUAAUUAAGAAUCACAUUCCAUUACAAGAUAUAUCUUCCGAAUUGAACAAUCAGUGCUGCGCCGCCCAACCAACAGCUCUCUCUUCUAUUGAUUUUAGCUCUUAAGAUUUGUAGACCUAAGACCGCGCCUUUUUUAUUUUGAAAUAAUUUAUUUUGCCAUCACCCCCCUUCAUUUAAAUACUGCUACACAAUUCGGUCAGAGCUACUUACGUAAAUGUAUGAUUAACAUUAUGCCUUCAAUUCGGAGACGGCUGUUUUGAAAGCUGUGUCGGCGGAAUCUCUCAGCUGUGAUACUAACCAUCACAAACACAGGUGUAAACACAUCUGAAGGACACUGAGCCAAAAUUGGGUUCAUCAUCCUUCUCGCACGGAUUCACGUUUAAAUCAAUUAUUUAUUGACUCAGCAACAAUAAUUAGUAACUCACAAAAAACACACACUCGAGUAUGUAUUAUACUUUUGUGCUUAAUGAUACUUAAUGAGAGUAACACCACUUGUCAAUAAUGUUGAGAUAAUUAUUAUGAUAUUACUACUACUACGAUUACUACAGUAAUUACCCACGCAGCAAGUAUUUCAUUACCAUAUAAGGUUUUUAGUUUUCUAAGCUACAGAUUUGUAUGAAUCAUUAUUUAACUCUCGUUUAUUGCCAGUUGAAGAUUUAUCUCAUUUUUGUGUUUAUUCUUUACUUUUUAGGACUGGAGUAAUGAUUGCGUAGUUGAUUUUAUUAACAAAACUCAGAUUAAUAUUUAGUCUCUAGUAUAGUUUGGACAGUUUCAACCGAAGGUGUUUGAAUGACGGCAAGGGGAAUCAAUUAUUUUGGAUUUUAAAAUUCUGUCUGAGGACUUCCUCAUUUUGCAAGCAAGCAUUUUUAUUUUGAUCUUUAUUGCAAGCGCCGUGCUGAGAAGGUCUUGCUUUGGUAAAACACACGGCGCUUCCGCUGACUUUUUAUUCAUACUUAUUUUGCCACGACAAUAUCACUUUUCUCAAAUAUUUUAGCUUUUGUGUUUGCUUCUAUCUGGAGAUGUAAAUUUUGAUAUUUGAAAAUGUGAUAGCUCCCCUUCUUAAAAUAUUAAUGUCUGUCCGGAAAAUUUGGGAAAAACGUGAGACAGAAUCAGAAAUAAUAUGUUUGACCGUGUACCAGCAGAGCAAUUUUAAAUGUGAUUAUUUUACUUGGAAUUAUUGCACUUCUUAAAGAAAAUUAUUUUUGAAAAGAUCUAAAGACUGAACGAGCAGGAUAUUAACGAAGGACACUAAUACGAAGGAUGUUUCUUAAAAACGAGUAGAACACGAAUUUGUAAAAUAAUCGAUACUAGAAUUGUAUAAAAUGGAACAAGCCAUGAUCUGUGCCUUUGACGAAGUAUUUUUAGUUAUUCUUCCUACAUUUGGCACAACAAUCGAAGUUGACCGACCAAGGAAUUUAUUAAGCAAAACAAUGCAUUGCUGCACUUCGAAAUGAGAUCAGUAUUGCUUCCCGACAGGCUCAGAGAGUUCACUGCUUAACUCAAGCCAGAUUUUGUUACUUGCAACACUUGCCAGUUUUUGUGUAAACUACGAGAUAAUUUAUGUAAUUUGAUUGAUAUUAAUCACUACUAGUUGUACAUCUGUGCCAUGUAUUUUUCAUCGAGAGUAAAUUUUUAAAGAAUCUAAUGCUUUAUGUACUAACAAAAUUUCAAAGUAACCAAGUAAUGUGUUGUUUGAGACAGUAACACCCAGCAGUAAUAAUUAAUCCUACACUAUAUAAAUAGUAUUUUUCAACACACAGACAAACACACACACACUCACAUGCUCAACUCGCAGUAAUAAAACGUAAGAAUUCGUUUUGAUUUUGCAAAUGCCAGUAGAGUAAAUUCUGAGCUCCUCUACCGAUUUACUCAUCAUUAUUAAUGUUGCCAAUUGCCAGCUCUCUUGUUAGCAGCUCUCUGAUUAGUUAACACAGCAUGUUAUUAUAUUGAAUGAUCUGCAAAUCAUCUUAUUUUCUCUCAUUUUCGCAGCUGUAUGUUUAAGUUGUAUUUAUUUUAAUCAAUCCAGCUUUUCAACAUGGCUGAAAAACUUGUAAAGAUUGUGGUCAGGGUUUUUUUAAUUAACUUGUAAAUUCUUGACUGCAAAUUCAAAAGUGAAGCUUGUAUAACAAAUAAAAUUUGAACACGAACUUGUUCAUAAGCUAA